AUGGCAACAGGCCCCCCAAGGGCGAUUUGGACCUCCAGUACGCAAAAGGCAGCCCGGGCAAGGCAUAGGAUCCACCAACCCGGGCAAGCCCACAGGCAAUUCUUGACUGGGCUCAACCCCAAAGGCACUAACGUCAGCGUGACGUCACGGCUGACACCAGGGCUGACAUGCCCUAAUGGGAAAAUGCCACGUGGCGCUUGCCGGACACCCUAA